AAAUGGCAGACGAAAUGAACGAGAGAGAAUGAAGACUGGAAUGUGAUGACACGCCUCCUUGUUAAUCACAAAGCAUCAUGGGAACAAAACAGCAAUGAAAUGUUGGAAAUUGCUCUGAUCCUCGGGGUAGGCUUUGCCCUGUGCUCGGUCACUCUUCUGUUUGGAUGCUUGUGCCAUCUGUUCAAGCGCUCAGCCCCAUUCUCAUCCUUUGAGAAUGAUGAAGAGGCUGGUCAUGACUAUUCUAUGUCACCGACCAACGAGUCAGGUGACUCAUCCAUUGUUUCCAAUGUGACCUUUGAACCAUUGCCUGACAUCCUUGCCAAAACUGUAGCUGCGACAGCACUGAGGCCACGAAUAACUUCAGUGGACAAGGAGUGGCAGAAGGAGGCAGCACGUCAAAUAACUACAUAUAAACCAUUCCAGAGAAUUCAGCUGACAUUUAUUAAAGAGCUUGGACUUGGGUGGUUUGGACAGGUUUUAGUUGGUGAUGCAGAAAGAAUUUUAACUGGAUCCAAACGGAGUCGAGUGAUAGUCAAACUAUUAAAAGAUGAUGCAGUUCUAUCAGAUAGACAACUUUUCCUUGAGGAGAUGGUACCAUUUAGAGAACUAGAGCACGAUAAUGUAGUCAGUCUCCUGGGUCAGUGUACAGAGACAUAUCCUUUUAUCGUCAUUCUGGAGCAUGCUCCUCAUGGUGACUUAAAGAGUUAUCUGAAGCGUCAUCGUCAUGAGGAGGAUGAUUUGGUGAAGAGAGGCGUGUUACUACAGUUUAUGUUAGACAUGGCAGCUGGUCUAUCCUGUCUACACCAGUAUGGAUAUAUCCACCAUGAUUUCUCGUGUCGUAACUGCUUGGUGAUGGCAAACUUCAAAGUAAAAGUUGGAGACUAUGGAAUUUCUGAAGACCAACACAGGGAAGAUUAUUAUGACACUGGGCGAGAUCUCCUGCCUGUACGAUGGAUGGCCCCCGAAACUCUCACUCUCAAUCAACAUAUAUGGCAAGUCACUGAGUUCACGAAGGCUGCUAAUGUCUGGUCGUAUGGGGUAGCCAUUUGGGAGGUAAUACAGAUGGCUAAACUCCCAUACAACUCUCUGAAGGAUGAGGAGGUUCUCCAAAAAGUGGUCAUCGACCGUAUUCUCAAACUUCCAACAACUUCUUCACAAGGACAGAUAAAGCAGAGAUUAAAUGAGGUGAUGCAGUUUUGCUGGAUAGUUCUGGAAGAAAGACCUACUAUGGAAGAAAUUAGUGCCUUGAUGUCCCAGAUAAUGCUUGACCGUGAAAAAGAACUACAUACAGAUUUUGAGUCAAAAUGGGAAAGUGCCUCACCAAAUGAUGCUGGUACAGCUGCUUCAAAAGAACCUGUUGAAAAAAAUGUAUUAUCUACAAAGGACAAUAAUACUGAUAACAGUGUGGUGAAUAUUGAAACUGCUGAUAGUGACAGUUUUAGAAUGCAAAAGACUCCAGGAACUGAUUUGAACUUUACAGAAAAUGAACCAUCUAUCAUCAUUGCGGAUGAAGAUAAUAUCAACAGUGAUAUGGUAGUGAAAGGGGCCACUUCUGAUUCACCGUCUUUUCAAACUGAAGAAUAUGCAGACAAAGUGAUCGUGACAAUGAAUGAGAAAGAAUCAUCUUUCAGUGGUCCUUCAUUCCAGUUGACAAGUACCCCUGUUUCCAGAAACGUGUCAUCAGAGUAUGUCACAGCAGUGAGUACCAAUCAGGGAAGUGAAUUCUUCUCUGUAGACAUGUCUCUUGAUAGCAGAGGACGUGGGGACUUGCCUGGACUUGUCACUCCCACCAAGAGUGAAGGGGACAUGUUGAGUCAGCGGGAUACAGUUAUGAAUGCAGAGAUGAGUGAUGAUGAGGAAGAUACUACUAGUUGUACAAGUGCUAACAGUGUAGAGUUUGUUGAACUGAACAGAUCUGAUGAUGAAAAACAGGAUGAAGCAACAGCGGUUAAUGGAAGUGAGGCUGAUAAGUUACGGAUGCUGAAAGAAAGCAUUGAGGAUGCAUUUAGCAUGAAAUCUAGUAUUACAUCUGAGCAUAGUGAAAGUGCUAAGGAUGGUGGAGAUGGAUCGCCGCGAGAUGAGUAUGAUAUUGCAAGAGAGAUUUACAUUUCUAAGGGCACCACGAUACCGCCCACAGAACACACUUCAUCCAGAAAUCUGACAACCAUUCCUGAGGAUGCUGUUCCCAUGGAUUCACCCUCGAACAGUGGCCUGAAGUUUGUUGACCCUGGUGAUGAUUCUUUUUUCUCCAAUGGAGUGCAAGACACUUUUGAAUGGGACGAUUACAUUGGGGAUGAAUUGCAGUUAGUUGGUAAGGUAAAGGAUGCUGCAGAUUCACCUCGACAGACAAUGGAGUUUACAGAUUGGACACUAGAACAGGACUCCAGCCAGGAUUCACAGCAUUCCAAAGCUGAAGGUGGUGAUAAAAAGACGGGAAAUUCCUCCUCGUCCAGCAGCAGUGUGAGCACGCCUUACUCCUCGUCAGACUCGGAGGAUUCUGAUAGUGGGGACAAAUCUAAGGUAGAGAAGGAAUUGGAGGUGACCGUGAAGGUGACCGUGAAGGCGGAGGGAGACACGGUGGCAGGAGGUGACACUGCUGACCAGUAGUGAGAUAAGGAGAUAUGUAUAGUAAACAGAUUUUGAAUAGUUUGUUUGGGUAAAUUGGAUUGUUUCAUUAAGAUCUAUAGCUUCCUUUCAUGGUACCUUGCAUUCCUCUAGAAAAUAUACCAUUACACACCAUGAUGUGGCAGACAUGAGAUCCUAAAUUCUACCUUUUGUAUUAACACCUUCCAUCACUUUGAUUGGUUAAAACCCAUAGAUACGGAAGGAGCCUGUUAGGAGAUUGCUGUAAUCGAUAGAAACAUCUGCCACUGAUUUAAUGUAACAGUGAUUGUAAGUUGACAUAUGAAUUGCUUAAACAUUUUUUGUUAAAAAAACAAUUGCCAUUGUAGUAUGUGUACCAAAAUAAUAAAGAUGGGUGUAGGAUAUUUUGAUAUACAUAUUCAAAUCAUCAUCUUAGAUAAUUUCUUUCUGGCAUGAUUGUAAAAUAACACGGUGAAUGAUUUGAAAAAUGUUCCACAGUUGGUGGCCAUAGUUUAUCUUGUGUAUAUCUCUCUGUAUCUGUAAUUUUUACAACAAUAAAUGAGCAGUUCGUUUUUUAAAAUCUAACGAUAAAUAUAGUUAAACUUGAUAAGCAGUCAUUCCUUGUGGAACGUUUAUUUGCUAGUUUCCGUUUAUAAACCUACAGUUUUACAUUAACUGCAUGUAAACGUGAGUGUGAAGUUUUGUUCAGUUUGGAAUGUACGUUGUGUAAGGUGCUACAGCAGUGUUUAUGUACAAACUUAAAUCAUGGUUUUGUUAUGUGUUAGACCUGGACAGCCUACUGUAUUGUACACACAACACAUUUUAAUGCCAAAGUGAUGCACUGUAUAUGUAUUUUGAAUUUUUGUUGAUGUAGAUAGGUUGUAACAUUUUCCAAGUCACUACCAGGUGUGUACACAAGCUUGUUAUACUUCGUACCACCAAAAGGUUUGUACGGUUGUAAUUCACAUAUUCAUAUCAUAAUAUAAUUAUAGAAUUUGAAAGUUUAUUAUUAUACACAUUAGGAUAGGGGAAAAAUUUAAGUAUGGAUAUAUUUUUUUUCUGCAUUCCACACGAUUAUAGCAUUGAAUAUUUUUUUUAAUGACAUUGAGAAUUUUGUAACUUGCAUAUUGCACGCAACCUGUAUUCAGGCUCAGGUCAAGGUUCUAAUUGAUAGAUAUAUAUAGCUAUAGAAUUAUAUAUUUACAGUUAAGAUAUAAACAAAUUAAGUGGGAAUACUCUAUCUGAAUUUAUAACAUGUUGAUCACAAGUAUUUAUAUUCACAAUCAAAUCUUGUUGAAAUUCCAGUUCCUUCCAUAACAGUGUUGGGAACCAAGUUUAGUAUUAAUAGUUAAAUAGCCUGUAUAGGUUAGAUCACUGGGUUUGUAGAAGCCCCUUGAAGAAGAACUUAGAUAAUAUAACCCUGUCAUAGUCCUAAAUCAUGAGUGGACUAUAAAUAGAUUUUGUUUAGUAGGGUUAAUGGUCUUACAACAACUAAAAUCGUAUUAAGUCUGAGGAGAUAAUGACAAAACUAGUAAAUAAUAGAUAGGGUAGAUAAUAAGUACACUAUCAACAAAAAGGAUUAAAGAUUGUCAUAAAAGCUCUCUGGCAACAUCACUACCAGUACCCCAGAUAGAAGUUGUGUCAUAGAAGUAGAUAGGUGUGGCAUUAUAAUAAUCUUUGUGUACAUGUAAAAUACAUGUAUGCAAUGUACAAACUGGUGCAGUAAAUGUUGAGCAUAAUGAAGCCAUAAUAGUUUCAAAGUUAAGGUCAGUUAUUAUUAUUUUUGACAAAGUUUGUUUUUAUUUGUAUUUUUAACCUGUAUGUACCAGUAUAUUGCCUUUUGGUUUUAUUGUUGUAUAAUAAAAUGUUAGUUAAAAGAAGAUUUUUUAUGCAUAGUAGUGUUUUAAGUAAAACUGAAAUUUUUCAAGUUGAUAUUCAAAGGUCAUAGUUUGUUUUAAUGAACCCUUGAUUUUGAUACCAACUUCCUUAUUCGUAGAGUAUGUAUGAUCAUUUGUUAGAAUAACUUACCAGGUGUACCAGGAAAAAUUAGUAUUGUGCCUCCACCAGGGAUCGACACCCUCAGCUUACUGGUCUGCCGCUCUACAGACUGAACUAAGGGGAAAUUCCCCAAGUGUGAAGCUGGAAUGGGACCUGUAUCACUAUGUACAAUUAAAACCUGCCACACCAGGUAUGUCAUUGGUAAAUAAUACUUGACUACUGCACAAGAAACUAAAACAGUAGUCGGCUAUAAAGGUUGUUUGAACUAAUAGUAAUUCAUACAUCAUCAGUAAAUUUCAUGACAAUACUUUUAAAUUUGAUACUACAGUUUUAGUCCACCAGCAUCAGAAGCCUUAUUGAUAUGCCAGUUUAUUUUGACAAGGGCUUAAUUUUGUAUAUACAUGUAAUGAUAUCUCUUUACACUAUUUAUUUGGUACUUGGAAGAUGAGGCUUAUGCUUUAAGAAAUUGUCUUAAGUGGCUAUGGUAUAGAAGGGAAGGGAUAUUGCAGUGAAUAUAU